CUGCGCAGACUCAGUAGGGGCGGUUUUGGGGUUGGUAACACAUCCGGAAGACAGAUGGCAGACAGAAACUAAACAGAAAUGUUCUCGGUGAAUUAAGACGCGUGUAAAUAGUCGACUGAGCUUAUUUCAGCAUAUUUCCUCGUUGAAAGCUACUUUAUACCAGGAGAGCCUCCAUGAGGAAACAGCGCAAGAAAUAGUCAAAAGUCCUGCAGGAGCAACAAGCUCUUUUUUUUUUCCACUGAGAGAAGGUGGCAAGUAACGGCGACACUCACCUGAAGCGUGGGCACAGCAGGUCUAUGAAACGGUGAAUCAUGAGAUUAACAGGCCCCCUGAGAGCUGUGGCUGUGCUCCUGUUGGUCGGGCUCACUUGGCUUUUGGCAAACACUUUAUUUGGUGGGGAGAGUGGUUCAUCUGUGCGAUAUUUCUUCAGUGGUGCAAGCGAGGAACCAACACCUGCAGAACCCCGUCCUCGAAGGUAUAAAUGUGGACUUUCAGCUCCAUGUCCUCCAAAACAUUUGGCUUUCCGCCUGGUGUCUGGUGCUGCCAACGUCAUCGGGCCCAAAAUCUGCCUGGAGGACAAAAUGUUAGUGAGCAGUGUGAAAAACAACGUUGGCCGAGGACUAAACAUAGCUUUAGUCAAUGGGGUGACAGGAGAGCUCUUGGCCACGAAAACCUUUGAUAUGUGGGCAGGAGAUGUUUCUGACCUGUUGAAGUUUCUCCGGCCGCUCCAUGAAGGAACACUCGUGUUCGUGGCUUCCUUUGAUGAUGCAGCUACAAAGAUGAAUGAUGAGUCCCGGCGACUGUUUGAGGAGCUUGGGAGCACGGCAGUGAAGGAGCUGGCCUUUAGAGACAGCUGGGUGUUUGUUGGAGCCAAGGGCAUCGAGAAUAAGAGUCCCUUUGAGGAGCGAAUGAAGAACAGUAAGAGCAGCAACAAGUAUGAAGGUUGGCCAGAGUCUCUGGAGAUGGAUGGCUGUAUUCCUCUGCGCGCACCCCUGGAAGGAUAAUACGCCUGAUACUGUCUAAUGCACACUACAUGAACACCCGGAGCGACAGUGGUCGAUCCAGAUGACUCUUAGAAAGCAAAGGAACUGCUGGACCAAGAUCUGGGCCACAAACAUUUAACUUUCUCUGUCGUGGCAGAUGUGCGAGUUGACUGCAAAGAUUGUCUCGGGACGUGAUAUGUUUAAAAUUGCUGGAACCUGUUAGAGGACUGUUUAGAUUUGUGCAUAAAGCUUUGUGAGCCACUUUUUUUUUGACCGGAAUGUUUUAGAAGCAAGAAAAAUGUUUAUGUUGGGUUAAGGGUAACUCGACAGGCCAAAUGUUUGAUGACCAAAGUGUAAGAGCGACAAGUGAAUGAACAUAGCUGAAGAAGGUCUUCCAAAGACAUUGUAGGAUAAUAAAUAUAUUCCCAAACUGCAGCCCUGCCGGUGGGGUGUCGGUAAUCUGGAACGGAAUAUGAAGCACUUCUGCAUCAUUUGAUGUUCAGCAGGAAAAAGACACACCAUACUGGUUUUUAACUAAGACAAUGGUAAACCAUUUCCAUGUCAGCAUAGGAAAAACAUGUGAGGUAGUUUAAAUGUCCUAAGCCCUAGAUCUGUGGACAAAUUUUAUAUUUGAAUCCAUUAAUAUAUUUUCAUCCUGUGAUAUUGUUAUGCCUCGUGUUAGCUGCAAUUGUUUCCUUAGAACUUGAUGCACUGCAGUUUUUGCUUGCCACACGUUUACAUGUCAGAUUUGGCCAUGAUCAUUUUCCUUUGAUAAAACUAUUUAUUUUUAAUACUUUAUUAGAAAACACAGCCGAUUCAUAGUGUGAAUUAAUCAUAACACUAUCCAUGGUUUUAAUGUUUUCUCAGGCCUGAAGACAACUUUUCACUGAGUGCUUUAUUUAAGAUUCAACAUAAAUGCGUGGUUGUGUAUGUUGUUGUUGUUGAGUGUAUCCACCGGGCUUCCUGCAAGCCUUACAUGUAGGAAACUUAUAGAAAUAAAAAAAUAUUAUUUUCUAUCUAUAAUUAGAAUUCAAUUUAGCUGCUUUGUUUGAAAUCUAAAUGUAAAGAUUUUUCUACAAAGCAUCACACUCUGUCUUUAUAUUGUGACAAUGAUUCUAAUGAAUAAAAAUGUCCAAAUAUG